ACCAAUAAACGCUACAAUGUUCGGCAAAAAGCUAGAUCUAUCGGGCAAGCAUGUGCUUAUCACAGGCGGUUCCACUGGCAUUGGUUUAGCGCUUGCAGUAGAGGCUGUUCGAUGCAAAUCAAAUGUGACGAUAAUUGCACGUACAGAGGCUCGCCUACAAGCUGCCAAGGCGCAACUAGAGGAUGAAGCGCGCAAAAAAGGCACCGACAGCCGGGUAGCGUACCAAGCCGUGGACGUCACCGACGCAGCCAAGGUACGGGAAGCGCUAGCAGCUGCUGUGCGGGAGAUGGGGCCGGUGGACGUCCUCAUCUGCAAUGCCGGCAACGCCCACCUGGGCUACUUCCACGAGACCGAGCUGGAAGUUUUCCACAGGCAGAUGCAGCUCAAUUACUUUGGCGUGCUGAAUGUCGUACAUUCGCUGUACGGCGAGAUGGUACGGCGGAACCAGGGGCACAUCGUGAUGGUGGGAUCCGCGCUGAGUGGAUUCGGUCUGGUGGGCUACAGCGCCUACUGCCCCUCCAAGUACGCAGUGAAGGGUCUUGCGGAUGCGCUACGCAAUGAGCUCCAAGGAACCCGAGUCAAGGUGUCCUUCGCAAUGCCGCCGGACACAGACACCCCGGGAUUUGCGGAGGAAUCCAAAGCCAAGCCCCCCGAAACCAAGGAGAUCUCGGAAGCAGGAGCCACGCUCUUCAAACCAGACAAGGUCGCCGCCUGCAUCAUGGACGGCAUCCGGCGGGGCGUAUAUCUGCUGCCCAAUCCCGAUCUGGGUUUGCAGGUCAACGCGUUGACCACGCAGGGCCUGCUGCCGCGCUCCUUCCCGCGGGUGUUGCUAGAGAUGCUGCUGGGCCUUCUGGCCCCGCUGCUGCACUGGGGGUUUGCGGGCAUGUUUGACCGGGUGUCUGGGAAGUAUGCGAAGAGGCGCUUUGCGAGCCUGUGGGGGGCUUGAAGAGCGGUUCAGGGGGAGCGGCGCAUGUGUUGAGGAGGCAUUGGGGGGAGAAGCAAGGGAGGGAGUCACAGGAGUGCUGAGCGUGAGGGGCCGCGUGAGAGAGGAUCUAAGAUGCAAGAUGCAGGGUGAGGGAGGGCGGCACACGAAAUCACGAUAUGGGUAGCCGCCGGGGUGUGUGUGCUCUUUACGCAGCGCUGACGACCGAAUGGCCUAUGCGCAUUCCGAGCAGGAGGCUGAGUUCGUCUCUCGCGUGUUUUUUGUGCGCAGCACACAACGCGUGCCGUCGCCACUUUACCGGUAAGACGCUUCAUGAAUCACAAUCGUGUACCAGAG